UCCAUCGAUGUAACUUUGGCGGCGCACGAGUUACGGACUACACAUCCCAUCAGCCCCCAUCACGGACUCUUCGCCGAACGUAUUUUGUCCAGCGACCGAGUGCUGCUGACAUGGCUGCUCCCAUUGAAUUUCUUCGGUUUAUGAAACGGACAAAUAUUCUACUCCUUUUGGCACUUCUAAUCCCUUCCGCAACCGCUCUCAUCAACGGAUUAUACUGCGGGACGGAGAUAUGCUACGAUGUUCUUGGAGUUACCAGAGAAGCUACCAAAUCUGAGAUAGCUCGUGCCUACAGACAGCUGGCCAGAAAGUAUCAUCCCGAUAGAUUCCGGGUCGGAGAUCCAGCACUAGCUGAUGAGACUCCAGAAAGUGCACACCAAAAAUUUUUGCUUGUUGCAACUGCUUACGAAACGCUUAAAGAUGAAGACUCGCGCAAAGAUUACGAUUACAUGUUGGAUCACCCUGAGGAGUACUAUAGCCACUACUAUGCCUACUACAGUAGGAGGUUGGCACCCAAAGUGGAUGUCAGGAUAGUAAUUCUUGUGACUGUGUGCGCCAUAUCAGUUUUCCAGUACUAUAGCUGGUGGAGCAGUUACAACGAAGCCAUCAACUACUUGUCAACGGUGCCAAAAUACCGCAUACAGGCUACAGAGCUGGCCAAGCAGCAGGGGCUGUUGAACAGGACUAAAGAGAAGGGCAAGAACCGGCGCUCCAAGGAGGAGAUCCGGGAAGAGGAGGAGGAGAUCAUCCGUGAUAUCAUAAAAAACAAGAUUGACAUCAAGGGGGGCUACCAGAAGCCCAACGUCUUGGACAUCCUGCUGUGCAAAAUUAUCCUCUUCCCGUACUAUUUCUGCACCUAUGUGGUGUGGUACGCCUCCUGGAUCUACAGAUUCACAAUCUGCAGAGAGGAGUACGGAGAGCAGGAGAAGCUGUACCUCAUCCGCAGGAACAUGAAGAUGUCCCAGGCACAGUUUGACAGCCUGGAGGAUCUCCAAAAGGAGACCUUCCUGGAGAGGCAGCUUUGGAUUAGGGAGAACUAUGAGGUGUAUAAAGAAGAGCAGGAGGAGGAGAUGAAGGUGAAAAUGGCGGUGGAUCCCAGAUGGAAGAGGUACCGUCGAUGGAUGAAAAACGAAGGACCGGGUCGCCUGACCUUCAUCGAUGACUGACGGGACACACAUUGCACACACGUGCACACAAAAUAUGUGCAUGCCUCAGUAUCGUACACAUCUACUUUGGCUUUUAAGUUUGUCAGCACAACUCAUAAAAAGAUGAUAUAACGGAAGAAGCAAUCGGUGAAGCAAUUUUUUUUUUUACAGAAAAAUAAAUGGAAAUGGAAUUGCAAUUCUAAUAUUAAAGACACUGUAUAGAGCAGGAAAAUGUUUUAUUAAUAGUAUUAUUUUGGACAUUUAAAAAAAAAAAAAUGUUGCUCAAAUGUUUUCACACCAAUAAGCAGUCUUUUGUCUUUUGUGGCCAUGUUUGACUUUAUUGAUUCUGAGAAGGCACUCAUUCUUGCAGAACUUUACAAGUGCCUUAAGUUUCUUGUUUGAGCCUCAGAACCUUUUUUGUGUUUGUUGUGUGUAUGUUUUCGAGUGUUGGAAACAUACAAAUUUGCAUUCAACUUAGAAUCUUACACUUUUACAUCUUAGAUUUUGACAACCAGUCAAGGAUAUUGAGAAUUGCUGUUAGUUUUUGGCUUGCUUCCAAAACAGUUUUCUUCAUAACACUAUCUUACACCUUUUCCCUGGCAAAUUAUGACUUGGUAACCUCAAACUUAUCAGUGUUGAAUACUACAGUGGAAGCUGUUAAGGUCAGCUUGUAAAUUGUUUUUUUGUAGCUACCACCUAAUCUAUCAAGAUCAAUGACUAUGGAAUUUGUCAGUGUAAGACUGCCGUCUGCUGUAAUUAUAGUCCCCUCUUGGAUACGUUUCUGUGCUUUACCUUCUCUGCUAAAUGGGGAAGGUUUGUAUUUUGAUUUUCGGAAACUUACGCAAGUCAAAUAUGCUGUUGCUAUAUGCAGUGUUGGUGGCGUUAGAAUUGUAAAUAUUUUCAUUUAUUCAUGAAAAAUGAAAUUUUUUGCAUUUUCUAAAAUGGCAAGGAUAUACUGAUAAAUUUGGAGGUCAUUGUACAUGUGUGCAUAAUUAUGUAUAUAUAACUGAAAAUAUAUAUAAAAUGUUUAUAUAUACAAAUUAUUUUCCUAGUUAUAUUAAGGUUAAAGGUAAGUGGUUUGACUCAGGAAUCUGCAUUAGAUGCCAAGUUUUUUGGUAUCACAGUUUUGCUAGGAUAUGGAGGAAUGUAAUUGCAGUGGAUUAAACCACAAAGUUACUUGGAAGGUACUUUGGCAUUAGGGUCCUCACAGUUGUGUUAGUUCUUAACAGCAGUCUGGUCACCUUGUAUGUCUAUUUCAGUAAAAAUUUCAGUGAUAUUAAAAGUACAUUUUUAAAAAUGUAUUGCUACCCAUACAUUGACAUCCUCAAAAAAUAAACCCCAGCUGCUCUUAAAAAAUUUUUUUUUUUAAAUUAAUAAUUCCAGGAAUUCAGUCCAGAUGUGUGUAUUGCCAAGCUGUUUACUGGCUGCAUUGUUUUGCCGCCUGCACGUUGCAUGGUAUUGACCAGCAAGCCUUGCUGGUCAGGAGGACUUGCACAGCACACAUGCUUCCCCUAAAACUCAUAUGAAUCUGAACAGAAGGUCACUGAAAGAAGGACAGCUGCAGCUCAUUUAAACCGAAGCCAAUUUAGACGUACUCUGUUUAUAAGGCUAACUCCAAAACCAAGAUUCAGUAAUGGCUCCAUUUUGACUAAAUGUAAACCCUGAGAUGUCCCGUGUGUAGUAUCUGCCCAGAGAGUUUUGUCAUGUUCUUCACAUAAAAAUUACAUUUCCUCAUGUUCACAUUCUUUCUAUAAAGUUAUGACCCAUAAUCAAGUUUUCAACAUCAGUAUAAAAACGCAAUGUGUGAAAUAAAUAGUUGAUGACAAAAUGUGAUCACAAAGUAAAAGAAAGUGCAAUUCCAUUCAAAGCAAGGGGACAUUGAGACAAAAGUUGGGGAAACGGAUCGCUGAUGUAAUUAUUUGCAUUUCAUAUUCAACGCCACUAAUGCCUUAAUGCUGAUGUUUGUUGAACGACAGAAUUGCAACAGUACGUGUUUUUUAGUAUAAAAAUGUUGUAUGUAGAAUUGUCAAGUCUAGUGGAGUUGGUGGAAGUUUCUACAAACUGGGAUUUUGGGCUGACAGAAAAAGAAAAAAAAAAACAACCAAAUGUGACUAUGCAGUGGUAAUAACAUGAGCCAAAAAGCCCCCUCUGAAGCUUAAACCCAAGCGCCCUUUCAAUCAUCCCUUUCAAUGUUUUGUCAAUGCAUUGCUGGGCUUUUUUCGUUUUUUUCGAGUGGGGGUGUAUUGUUGUUAAAUUGGGUAUAUCUUGAAGGUUGUUUGUUUAUUGAGCAAUGAGGCCGAAAGAAAAGUUGUGUGUACAUACUGACAGCUGCUGAUGUACAGUGCAGAUGAUAUUUCUCGAAAUAAAAUCUGUUUUGAUAUGA